UUUCUAUAUAUAUAUUUCUCUAGUCAUCUCUCUAAAUUCAAUCGACUAUUGUAGUAUUUUGAUAAGAAAGUUAACCAAAUUUUUCUACAAACGGAGAAAACAAACCCCUCCUCUUCUCUUCAAGCUUCAGGUUUGGGUGUUGAGAAAAAAAACAGAGAUUUGUGUUUUGGGUUAGCCCCUGGAAACCAUCCAUGUGAAAAGGUACCCAGAAAGGAGCCUUUUUAACCGUUUGAAGAAUAUAUAUAGACAUAGAGAUGCAGAAAAGGCGCGCAGCUUCAGCUGGAGGCUUAUUUUUCAUGAUCAAGAAUGUUUGUUGCUUUGAUUCGUCCUCAUCAGACACAGGGAAAGGGCAAAGUAAGUCUUCCAACAAGAAAGUGGCUCAUGGAUUCCACUUGGUGGAAGGGCAGUCUGGUCAUGACAUGGAGGACUACCAUGUUGCUGAAUACAGAAAUAAGAAGGGCCGGGUGCUUGGACUCUUUGCGAUAUAUGAUGGUCACCUUGGUGACAGUGUUCCAAGUUAUUUAAAGGAUAAUCUUUUCAACAACAUACUUGAUGAGCCAAAUUUCUGGAAAGAUCCAGAGGCAGCAAUAAGGAAUGCAUACUGCUCCACUGAUAAAUUUAUUCUGGAGAACUCUAUGCAAUUAGGGCCCGGUGGCUCAACAGCUGUAACUGCAAUUGUUGUUGAUGGCAAAGAUCUAUGGGUGGCGAAUAUUGGUGAUUCCAGAGCUGUAGUAUCUGAGAGGGGCUCUGCCAAGCAACUUACUGUGGACCAUGAACCACGCACUGAACGAAGAAGGAUUGAAAAGCAGGGUGGCUUUGUCACUAAACUUCCUGGAGAUGUGCCUCGGGUUAAUGGUCAACUUGCAGUUGCACGUGCUUUUGGAGAUCAAAGCCUUAAAGCACAUUUAAGUUCAGACCCUGAUGUACGACAUAUACCAAUUGACUCGACUAUAGAGUUCAUUAUAUUGGCAAGCGAUGGCUUAUGGAAGGUGAUGGCAAACCAAGAGGCAGUUGACAUGGUGAAAUCUAUUAAAGAUCCUCAGGCAGCGGCCAAACGUUUGACAACGGAAGCAUUGGCGAGAAAGAGUAAAGACGAUAUUUCAUGCAUUGUGAUCCGCUUUGGGUGAUGCUUGGGUAUAAAUUGUGCACCAUCACAUCCACUUGAAUCACCCUGCUUUCUUCUGGUUCCAUUGGAUGGUUCAGAUGGUGAUAAUGUGACUCAAAGAGCUUUUAUGUGGUUACAUUUUUUCCUUGCAACAAUAGUUAUGUUGGUGUCAGUGUGAUUCAUAUUUCUGUUUUAAUAGGGGAAGAGAAUAUCUCAUUAAUCCAUGACCGACCCCUUUAACUUGCAUGUGCCCAUACACAGUUUUUUCUUUUUCCUUUAUUUAUUUAUUUAUUUAUUUUGUUCCUUUUUUUUUGUUUUUUUUUUUUUUUUUUUUUGGGUAGGUGAGGAGGGUGAGGUGAGAUUAAUGAGGUAUUCCUUAUUUUUACUGGACAGUAAAGGGUGAAGGAGAGAAAAAUCAUUUAUAUAUGGUGUGUACAUUAAUGGACACAAAUAAAUUGAGGAGGAACAUUCAUUUAAAUAUUUGAGUUGUA